CCUAUCGAAUGAAUACUUUUUAAUAUAAUUUCAAUUUUUUUUACAGACGGAUAAACAAAAAGAUUGAAUACAAAAAGUAUGCGAUUCAGGAAGAAAACAAUGAUUUAACGAUUCUCUCAGUCUUUUUCCUUUCUUUUUUACAUUGGCUUUAUUACAAAAAAAAAAGUAUAUCUAAAUAGCAUAUAUGCUACGUCCAAUGUUCAAACGUUGAAGAGCGAGAGGGUGUCUUGGCCACGCUCCUUUCCUCCCUUCUCUCUUUCUCUCUCACUGUCUCUCUCUCUUUGAACUUCUCACUGAUAAGAGACUUAUGCGCGCGCAGAAGUAAGAAGAACGCGUUUCUCCCAGCUCGAUUCGCGCCAUGCCCACUACCUUGCUAAGCAGGACGUGGUGGGCAUCAAUUCCUCUCCCCUCUCCAACUUUAGUUUGACCUAAGUAUUCGCUUCGUGGAGUUCACCCCCUCCUCUCAUUUUCUUUCUCUGUCUCUAUUCCUCUCUCUCUGUCUCUCUUUCUCUUUCUCUAUUCCUUGAGUUAGCCAAUACUUCCUUUUCUUUUCCAUUCUCUCUGUCUCUGUCUCUCUCUCUCUCUCUUUCUCUCUCUCUGUUUCUCUCCCUGUUUCUCUCUCUCUCUCUCUCUCUCUCUCUCUUUCUUCUUCCCUUUCUUUUUCUCUUUGGUGCUCGCGCCACGUUCGCCACAGCUCGGGCUCUAUGUACAUAAUAUACACGAGCUCCGCUUUCGAUCAUAGAGCAGUGGCCAACGAGAGAGUCUCGUAUUAGAACGAGCGAGUAAAGAAAUUUUAUUUUCAACGACUCGUCGAUCGGUACUCACGCAAGCCUUACUACUUACUCAUUACGUUUCUGUCUUUUGCUUCGAACGUCUGGAGAGAUAUCAUUCGAGAGAAAUAAGCGAGAAAUUGAUAGAUAAAAAAAGAGAGAGAGGGAGAGAAAGAAAGAGAGAGGGAGAGAAAGGGAGAGACAGAGAGAGAGAGAGAGAGAGAGAGAGAGAGAAAGAGGAAGGCUAAGAGAAUAAAAAGGUUAGCUUGCAAAACUAGUUUUCUAUUGAAAGGAUAGGGAUAAAAAACAAAACGCUGACAGUAAUUCAUUGAUGAAUACGUUGGUUGAUAUAAUAUUCAUUGUGAUUUACUACUCUAUCUUUUCUGCCGAUUUGGACACUUUUGAAGAGGAAGAUGAAAAGAAGAAGAAGUGACGACUGUGGAGAACCCGAAGUGACCAAAUAUCGACAUCGUGAUUUUGUGACGGGUGUCGGGUUUUUGGUGCCGAUUUGACACGAGGCCAACGUCGAAAAGCCGCAGGAAUAACAAGGACAUUUCGAUGAGUUGAAAAGUCAAGUUUAUUCUAAACGAAAGCUCGUGAACCGAGUUUACGGCACAGUUCGAGUAUUAAUUGAUACCGUGGAUGGAACGAUGGAGCAAAACUCUCAGACGGGUAGAGAAGCCGUCGUGGAGGGUAUUAGACUCGAAGUUGGAGGAGGUAGUCCAGUAAUGAAAAAUGAGAUGGGUAAUCAUGAAAUUCUUCAACUACGAGAACAACAGCAACAACAGCAGCAGCUUGGGUAUAUUGUCAAAGAGGAAGGCGGGGAUGAUGUGGGCGUGCUGGAGGCGGGUCAUUCAGAAAUCGAAAAUGGCGUCAUGCUAGAACCAACCGGAGCUGAAGUGAUCACUUUGAAUGUUGCUACGAACCAUCAGGAUGGUCCUAACCCUAGUUAUACCCUUCAUCAACUUGGCUAUCAGGAAGAACAUCAUAUUAUUCAUGAUAGAGACUAUUUAGAAGAGGGUUCACCACGAUUUGGGGGCGGUGACAUUGACGAGAAGAAGGAGGAGCAGGAACAGCAGCAACAGGUCGCUCACCCCCACCACCAACGUCACCACCACCACCACCAACAUCAUCACCUCCACCAACAUCAACAGUCGCAAGAGCAGCAGCAGCAGCAGCAGCAAACGCAGUACGCUCAGCUCGGGCCAUGCGAAGUCCCGGUUCCCGAAGGAGGGGAUAGCCGGCAUCCAACGGAGGUCUCCGUCCCUACUGAAGGAACUCGUACUGCCAGUCACAUGCCUCACUCCACGAUGCAUCGUUACGGUGGAGAAACGCUUUCACCGACUACUACGGAUCAUCCUCAUCAUCAUCAUCAACAACAGCAGCAGCAGCAACAUCAUCAUCAGUUAUCCGAAGUUCAUCAGCAACAACAACAACAACAACAACACGGUUCUCAUCGUCAUUUAGAAGAUCAACAACAUCAUCAGGAAACCGAGGAAGAGGUUGAUAGAGUCGGUGGUAUUUCCAGAAGUGCACGUGGAGAUUUCAAUCUAGGUGUACUUUUUCCAAAUCUCGGCUCGAACGGUACUGGUGCCAAUAGUGGAAAUGGUAAUACUACGUCUCAUCACCUUCAUCAACAACAACAACAACAACAAGCACAACAACAACAGCAUCAUCAUCAUCACGCGAAUACUCAUCAUAUGGAGGACGUGCUACCGAACGAUCCCUAUCUUCAACAUCAAAUUCGUGCCGGAGGCGGUGCAACGAGUGCGAGUGGUGGGGUCACUGGUGGUAAUUCGCCGCCGAUUAGAACGAGAGGCUCACCAGGUUCCAGUCGUAGUCCACAUGACGAUCAUCUUUCCUCACCGCAUCGACAUUCCUCAUCCGAUGGACCUAGUGCCUUCAGUCCGGCCGACCAAGGAAGAUUACAAUCCUUCACACAUCUUACCUCAAUGCAGCCUCCCAAUUCUGUACAAACUAAUCAUGGUAACCUUCAAGACGCUGAUCGUGUCACUGAUCAGCUUUAUAUGGACUCUAUCUACACUCAUCAUACCACUGCUACUGGUCAUCAUCAUCAAGAACACGAACACGGUUCUUCUACGCCACACUCACCAGGUGGUAAUCUCUCCACUUCGUCGUUGUACCGUACGAUGAGUGGCGUAGGGAUUGGUGCUGGUGCAGGAGCUACCAGUUAUAAUUUACCAUACAUGACGAGUAGUCCUACAGAACUUUCAACAUCUCCUCAGCUAUGGAACGCUCAAGUAACAGGUCUCAGUACAACAUUGCCAUCGCUCGGAGAGGAUUAUGGAAAUAGCAAAUCUUCGACCGCGGUGACUCAUCAAGCUUUACCUGCUUUCUCGCAACCUUUCGGAGGAAGACCGAGUUUUCGUGGAUAUUCGCCGCCGUAUUCGUCUCAGCAAACGACUACGGGAAAUAAUACCGGGAGCGUUGGUGGUGACGCGUCAUCCUGGACAUACGUCUCACCAUCGAACGACGUUUCUCUGACAUCUCAAUACGGCGCACCCUCGAGAAGACAAACGGCCAAUCCCUCGACGACGCCUACGCAUAAUCAACUCAGUGCUGCGGCCAGCCUCACUGCGAUGCACAACAUCGAGGCGGAGUACUUUACGGAGGGUCGCGAGUGCGUGAACUGUGGGGCAAUUUCCACACCCUUAUGGCGAAGGGACGGUACCGGGCACUACCUCUGCAACGCAUGCGGUCUCUACCACAAGAUGAACGGAAUGAAUCGACCCCUAGUCAAACAACCACGUCGUCUGUCCGCUUCAAGGCGCGUAGGACUCUCUUGUAGUAAUUGUCAAACGACAAUGACGUCACUCUGGCGACGAAACUCCCUUGGCGAACCAGUUUGCAAUGCCUGCGGUCUCUACUUCAAGCUUCAUGGUAUCAAUAGGCCGAUGACGAUGAAGAAGGACAGCAUUCAAACUCGUAAACGUAAACCUAAAGGUGGCAUGAAGUCUACCGAUACUCCAAUUGCUGGCAAUGUUGCACAAUGCACCAACAAUAACAACAACAACAAUAACAAUAACAACAAUAACUUAAAACUAGAACCAGAUAACUAUGAUUUAAGGAUGGCCCACUCCGUGGUUCCUCAAGUUACAUACGCAGGUUCCCUCUACGGUAAUCCACAAUCGGGCAGUCGUAUAGUUUCCUAUCGUUCAACGACACCUAGUGGUCUCUACUACGACAUGAUUGCUUCUCAACAACAACAACAACAACAACAGCAUCAGCAGCUCCUCGAAACUCAUUCUCCGAAAGUUGAAUGUCCUUCGCCACCUUGUGCGACACAUUCACCAGGAAUGAUGUCAGCGGGACACUCACCCGAUCAUCACCAACUUGCCUCACCUCAUAUCGUUACUCUCGGCAAUUCCUCGCCCAGUCCAGCAGGUAGUAAGAUCAUGUUGGACAAUGGCCAUCUUGAGAGACCCACUGUUGUUUCUAUAUCUUCUUAAAAAUCUCAAAUUAUUGUCGAUGAGAUUAUGACAAAGAUUUUUUGAGCUCGCUGCGAAAAAGACAACGUUGAUUCUCCGACACUGUGAGCUUUUAUAUUCAUCGUUAAUAGUUUCAAUCUCGACCCUAGUUGAUCUAUGAUUGAAUUUAACGAUUAUUUAAGUCUUGAAAAGGGAUAGUCAUGCGUAGACUUUUCAGAUGAAAGUUGACAAAUUUAUUGAGUGUUGAUGAAAGGGACCAUAUCGUUAAGUUCGGAAAUAGUAAGAUCGUAAAGUGGAUUCUCCUAUUUUUUCUUUUAAGAAGCCAAACAAGAAAUUUUGAUAUAAUGCAGAAGUACUUUUCUCUUGCGAUCACGGUACAAUACUUCGUUAUUUUGCAAGAUAGAUUUAGAUUUCAAGUAUAAUGUUGUCGUAUUAGUUAAGUUAAAAUUUAAGUAUCUCAAAAGUGUGUGUAUAUAAUGGUUUGGAUGGUGUUAAUUUAGGUUCUUGUAAAUAUCAUUGUAAGUCUGAAUUUGAUGUCGUUUAAAAGUAUAUUACUAUUCUUUGUCUUUCGAAGUCGAGAGAUAUAUCUUAAAGAUUCUGUUAGGAUAAAAGUACAUAUUAAAGAUUUUUCUUUUUUUUUUAUUUUAAAUUUAAACUACUUUCCGGAAAAUCUUGAUUUUUUCUUUAUACUUGAGAGAAAUUAGGAAAGUCAAAAAAAAGCAGAAAAAAUAAUAAAAAUAACAUUUAUUCCCCUUUUCUCGAAUUUUUAAGGAAAGCGUCGAUCUCAUUUCGACCGAAGCAAUGAGAGUUCAAUAAACUUGAGCUUCGUGACGUACGAUAACGCAAAGGCGUGCAAAAGUUAUCGCUUUAUUUUUUUUUCUUCUUUCCUUGUAAACAGUUGCGAAUAGGGGCCGAGACAUCCGGUAUAUAUGUAGAAAAUGUGUCAGAGUCAAUGUCAGAUCUUCCACACUUUGAUUUUUUUUUCUAUUCUUGUUUUCCUUCUUUUAUUGUAUUUUUAUUUAUUUUAUAUUAUUUUUUCUUUUUUUUUUUUUAUAAAAGACGAAUUUUUUAAAGCAGCUCUCCGAAACAAAUAACAAAUCGACCCUGGCGCCUUUGCAUUCUUGUAAAUAUUAUCGAAAAUAUGUUUAAGUGUUAAGAUUUUAUCUCUUCUGUUUUCUUUUAUUCUGUAAGAUUUAAGAAUUAUUAUUUUAACACAUUGUUGACCGGUAUACAACAAUAAAUAAUACCUGAGAUUGUUGGGACUUCAUUCCGGUUAUGUUCAUGAUCGAAUUAAUAUUAUUAUUAAAAUAUUACAAAUUCCAAAAAAUUGAAAAUACCAGAAUUAAGUGAACGCUAUGGAACGCGUUAAACAAUGUGUACUAUUUUAUAGCUUAACAAUUAUAUAAUUUUUAUGUAUCUGCAAAAACGAGUAUAUUUGUGAAUGUCAAUAAUGUGUUAAGAUAUUAGAAAUAAUCAUUGUUGUAAGAACGAAGCAUAAAAGUUUCUCUCGCCGAUUAAUCGUCAGAGUACAAGAACCUAUCAAUAAUCUUACAAAUCUUAUAACUACAAUGAUAGUUUAUAAUGUAACGACGUUUAUUAAUAUAGUGACGGGCACACACCAUUGAAACAGUUUAUACAUUUUAUCCGGCUGACGAACAUGCUAAUAUAUUUCACGUAAUAUAUUUUUUCAGAGUGUUGUAUCGGGUCAUAUCAGUUAUUUUUAAAUAAAAGGGAUAUAUAUUUAACAGAUAA